UUUCUUAAUUAAUAAAUUAAUAUACAUAAAAUAUUAAUUAAUUUUAUUAAAUAUAAGUACAUUUUUAAAAAUUAUUUUUUAAAAAAAUCUGUUCGUCUUUCCCGUGACGAACCCGCUUCGGAUUCACAACCAGAUCUGGUUCGUCUUUCUUCCUCCAUUGAAAACGAACUCGUUUACCAUGGGGGAUUACGAACCAGAUAUGGUUCGUCUCACAUUAAUACUAAUAAUAAUAAAAAAAAACAAGACCAUAUAAUAAUUUCUUUGGAAUGAUGACUAGGAUAUGCAUGUAUAUAUAUGGAGAGUAUAUCAUCUUACGAUUUAGUUUCCAUAUUUAGGAAAACUAAACCCUAAAAUGAAGAAAAUAAGUUAACAAAUAAGUAAACUAAUUCACCUAAUGCAUAACGCCGAAAACAAUUCAAAAUUCGUUGGUCAAAUCGGAUAUAUAGCUGAAUCAAAACAGCUCAUAAUUCUUCAUAAAACAAAUAUUAAAUUCUCUAUAAAUAAUAAUCAUAACUAAAACUUUUCUCAUAAAUAACCUCUUGAGUUGAUCAUCAAUGGCGUCCAAAUCCAUUUCAAAUCUCUUCAUCUUCAUUUUAUUACAGUCUGCAUGUGUUUUUCUAGGGUUUUCUGUAAACACGUCAGAUCCAAAGGCAUGCGUGCAAAAAUUGAUGCCUUGCCAACCCUAUUUGCACGCGCCGGCGAACGCGCCGGCGACGUGUUGCCUGCCGUUAAAAGAGAUGGUGGUGGAUGAAAUAGCAUGCCUGUGUAGUGUGAUGAAUAACCCUGCACUUAUGAAGACUUUUAAUGUCACCGAGGAAGACACCAUGAAACUUGCUAAGGCUUGUGGUGCAAAGGCUGACCUCUCACUCUGCAAGACUUCACCUUCGCCAACCAGUCCUUCAGUUCCACCUGCUGCAAAUUCUUCUACUAACAGUUCUACUCCAGCUAAGAAAAAUGCAGGGAAUAGAAUGCAGGAUGUGGAGAAAUUUAGUUUGAUAAUUGCUUUCUUUGUAGGCUGCAGUUUACUGGUAUUACCAGCUUAGUCAAUUACAUAAUCAGAGUAGAACAAUUUUAGUACUUAUUUGGCUGCAAAAAUAAUUAAUUGAAUCCUUAACUUUCAAA